AAGAAUUUCAAAAAAAUUCUAUACCCAGUGAAACCUACAUCAAGAAUAAAGUAAAAAUGAGAAGAAAUUUUUAUUUUCUUCUCUACUUGAGUGUCAAUUCAUUGAUUUUUUUGGUAUAUUGUAAAAGUAUUCCAAGUUCUAAUGCAAAUCGUGACACAUCUACAACGGUCAAGGAUAAAAAUGAAAACUAUCAGAUAGCUGUUAAGCAGAAGAAUGUGGAUGAAGCGAAAAAUUUAGUUCUAAAACUAAUUCAAAAUCAAAAAAAUGAGAGUCAACAAGACAUUCAUGUUGAACGCAUAUUGACAGUUGGUGAUAAUAUUGAAAUAAUACUAGAUUCUAUUGUUGAAAUAUUUUACAAAACAUUUAAAGAAGCAUGUUGUUUUGAAAUAAGUAUAAACGAAGAAUAUAAUACAAAACAAGAAUCUUUAAUUCGUGUUCUCCAUAACUCUCUUCUAUAUUACAGUAGAGAAAUCAGUUUAGGAAAACAGAAUGUCAGUUAUCAAAAUUUUUUAAAUGAUAUUAAUAAAUUGAAUAGUAACGUCUCAUUUAAAUGUGAAUUAGAAGAGUAUAAAUGUAUGUAUAACAAUGAAAAUUUUAACUCUGCAAAAGGUUUGUUUGAAUUUGUUAUUUUAAUUCGUUAUAUGGUUGUUGAGUCUAUUAAGAAUUUAAAAUCACAGCAGCUAAAUGUUAAUGGAAUAAAUUUAAAUUUGAUUGAAAAAACAAUGAAUGUAAUUUUAAACAUCAGGAAUUUAAUUCAAGAACAAACGUUGUCUUCUACUUUCUUGAACAAGACUAAUAAACAAUUAGAAGCUAAAAUUAUGCAGGAGAGCAACACUAAAUUUAAUGACGUUGAAGAAGCGUAUACAAAUUUAAUUAAUAUCUUUAAAAAAUAUGCUGAAAUAUUGAACUUGUAUAAAAAUAUUACUUUUUGCUCUUUAAAUUCGAAUGAUUCUUUAACAAUGAAUCAAACUAUUUCUAGAUUAUGGAAUAAUAAAUUAUUUAAUGACCUUACAAAUUAUAUUCGUGCAAAUGCUGAGUUUUUAAGUAGUGAAUAUAGGGAAAGGUCUAAAUUAAGUGUGAGAGAAAUAUUAACGACAAUUAGAAGUACAAAAAAUUACUUUAUUAACAUACUCCUUAAAUAUCGUAAUACUUGUAUCAAAAACUCAACUGGCAUUGUGAAUGAUAGACGCAACCUUGCUAAAAAUAUACGUAAAUUUUUUUAUCUCUGUUUCGAAAUAACAAGAGAUAGUAAAAACUUUAUAGAUGACACGACAGAAUUGAUAUAUUAUAAAGAUUUUGUAAACUUAAAGUUAAAUCGACAGAUUAAUCUGUUUUCUCCUUUACUUUUGAAUAUGCAGAAAAUUCUUUCCAGUAACAAUAGUGACACUCAAAAGUCAAAUGAAAUAAGGAUGCUUUACAAUCAGUUGAAAAAUGUGAAUUCUGUAGGUUUGAAAAAACAUGUGUUAAAUAUUUUUAUUGAAUACUUAAGGCAUAUUACAGACAUAAUAAUAAGCAUAUAUAAUUAUAAUUGUCCCGGUUCAAAGAAUGCGAUAAUGAUUUAUCAAAAAAAAAGUAUUUCUGAUUCUAUUGAAGCUACAUAUCAAGUUCAAAAAAUGUUACAAAACAAUAUAAGUGAAGCGGAGAUGAAAAAUUAUUACAAAAAUAAUGCUGUUCAAUCUAUAAUAAAUUCUAAAAAUUACAAUGCAAACGACUUAAUACAAAAUUGUCAAUCACCAAAUGGAACUUUGCCAAAAAAUCAAGAAAUGGAAGAUGAUAGACAAAAACUAAACAUUCUAUAUGAGAUUCAUUCGGAAUAUUUGAAAUUCUUUUCUAACUUAAAAACUAAACUUACCAAUCAUCCAUUUGACGACAUUAAUUUGCAUGCAUUCUUAACAACCUAUUCUUCUACCAUGAAGUCUAUCAAAACAGAUUUACAAGUUUAUUCAUUAGAUAAUGGCAAUAAUAUAAUAAAAAAUUUAACUCAAAUUUUAAGAGAAACUAAAAAUUUAUCAAUAGCCUACUAUGAGGAGAUAAAUGAAAAUAUUCCUGUCUUGACUGACAAUGAAAAAAAGAAACUUAAAUCAAUAGAUAGUAUACUUAAGCAACAUUUGAAAAUUGCGACUGAUUUUUUCAAAACGAUUUCUAAUAAUUAUAAAUGCAAUAAAGUAAAUAUAAAUAAUAAUUCAAAAAUUGCUGAAUCAAAUAUUUCAAAAUUAAUUAAUUUCAUGAUGGAAAGCAUAACAGUCUAUUCUUAUUCUCACCGAAAUUCUUACGAAUAUUUAAACUCCAAGAAUGUUAAUAAGAGUGAAGAAAUGCUAAAAUUGAUACCAACAAUAUGUGGGCCACAAAAUAAGAAAAAUGAGUAUACCAUUAAUAUACUCUCUUCUAUUUUCAAUGAAUAUUAUCUCAAUUUUCCUGACAAAUUCAAUGAUGAUGUUAGUGACUAUAGUUGCUAUAUAGGAAAGCUUUAUUACUUGUAUAAAUUAGACAACAUACUUUCAAAUUUUAAUUUUUCAAAUACUUCUACCAACAGAUCAUUAUUAAACGGUAAUUUACUAUCAACGUAUAAUAAUAUACAUGACUGUGUUCUACAUAAAACAAAGAUUAAAGAUGAGUCAAAGGAGAUUGCAGAAAUUGUUAAAAAUAUAACACAUGAGUCUAUCAAUCUAAACUUGCAAUUUAUAUUUAAUAUUGCUUGCAGUGUUUUUUACAACAAUUUAACUAUAAAUACAAAAUAUCAAAAGGCAAUAAACUCAUUAAAUAUUGUGGUUGAAAGUUUCGAAAAAUUAAUUAAAUCCUUUGACGUCCAAAACGCUACUAACUCUAAAAAUUUACUAGAAGAAGUCAAAGAAAAAUAUUGUACUCAAAAGACAAUUUUUAAUCCACCUACAACGUGUAAAAAAAAUAUCACUGAGGAAACAUUUCAAAAAGAAAUUCUUAAAAUUUUAUCAUUUUUAAAUAAUAAGACAAAUGAUGUCGCUGACACAUUAAGCAAUAAUAUUUUUCAUGACGAAAAUAAAAUAAAACAAGAUAUGCAACGAACAGUGUCAUUUGUAAAAAAUUUAAGACAAAUUAUGGAACAUCUUAAAGUACAAAAAAAUUUCACUGAUAUAAAUCAGGAAGGAUCAACUCAACCCUCACAAGAAACUGGUUCAACCCUAAACUUAACUUGGAUCAUGCCUACAAGUAAUAGGACAUCUGAUAUUGACAGACUUGCAACAUCACAAUCAUGGUAUGCUUCCACUGAUAUAAAGCUGACAGGAUCAACAUUACUCUCACAAGAAACUGGUUCAAACAAAGGCUCCACUACGACCAAUCCUACAAGUAAAACUACAUCUGAAUUGAACAUAACUGAAACAUCACCAACAGGGUCUGCUUCCACUCAUAUAAGUCAGACAGAAACAACCCUAGUCCUACAAGAAACUGGUACUAAAAAAGGCUCAACUUGGAUUAAUCCAACAAGUGAUACUACAUCUGAUAUUGAGAGACGUGCAACAUCACCAGCAGGGUCUGCUUCUACUGAUAUAAAUCUGACAGGAUCUACCCUACACUCACAAGAAACUGGUACAAAUGUAGGCUCAACUUGGAUUAAGCCUACAAGUGAUACUACAUCUGAUAUUGAGAGACGUGCAACAUCACCAGCACGGUUUGCUUCCACUGAUAUAAAGCUGACAGGAUCAACACUACUCUCACAAGAAACUGGUUCAAACAAAGGCUCAAAUUGGACCAAGCCUACAAGUGAUACAACAUCUGAUAUUGAGAGACGUGCAACAUCACCAGCAGGGUUUGCUUCUACUGAUAUAAAUCUGACAGGAUCUACCCUACACUCACAAGAAACUGGUACAAAUGUAGGCUCAACUUGGAUGAAGCCAACAAGUGAUACUACAUCUGAUAUUGAGAGGCGUGCAACAUCACCAGCGGAGUCUGCUUCCACUGAUAUACAUCAGACAGAAUCAACCCUAGUCCUACAAGAAACUGGUACUAAAAAAGGCUCAACUUGGAUUAAUCCAACACGUGAUACUACAUCUGAUAUUGAGAGACGUGCAACAUCACCAGCAGGGUCUGCUUCCACUGAUAUAAAUCUGACAGAAUCAACCCUAGUCCUACAAGAAACUGGUUCAAACGAAGGCUCCACUACGACCAAUCCUACAAGUGAAACUACGUCUAAAUUGAACAUAAGUGAAACAUCAUCAGCAGGGUUUGCUUCCACUGAUAUAAAUCAGACAGGAUCUACCCUACUCUCACAAAAAAGUGGUACAAAUGUAGGCUCAACUUGGAUGAAGCCAACAAGUGAUACUACAUCUGAUAUUGAGAGGCGUGCAACAUCACCAGCGGAGUCUGCUUCCACUGAUAUACAUCAGACAGAAUCAACCCUACUCUCACCAGAAACUGGUUCAAACGAAGGCUCCACUACGACCAAUCCUACAAGUGAAACUACGUCUAAAUUGAACAUAAGUGAAACAUCAUCAGCAGGGUUUGCUUCCACUGAUAUAAAUCAGACAGGAUCUACCCUACUCUCACAAAAAAGUGGUACAAAUGUAGGCUCAACUUGGAUGAAGCCAACAAGUGAUACUACAUCUGAUAUUGACAGGCGUGCAACAUCACCAGCGGAGUCUGCUUCCACUGAUAUACAUCAGACAGAAUCAACCCUACUCUCACCAGAAACUGGUUCAAACGAAGGCUCCACUACGACCAAUCCCACAAGUGAAACUAAAUCUGAAUUGAACAUAAGUGAAACAUCACCAGCAGGAUUUGCUUCCACUGAUAUAAAUCUGACAGGAUCUACCCUACUCUCACAAAAAAGUGGUACAAAUGUAGGCUCAACUUGGAUGAAGCCAACAAGUGAUACUAUAUCUGAUAUUGAGAGGCGUGCAACAUCACCAGCGGAGUCUGCUUCCACUGAUAUACAUCAGACAGAAUCAACCCUAGUCCUACAAGAAACUGGUACUAAAAAAGGCUCAACUUGGAUUAAUCCAACAAGUGAUACUACAUCUGAUAUUGAGAGACGUGCAACAUCACCAGCAGGGUCUGCUUCCACUGAUAUAAAUAUGACAGAAUCAACUCUAGUCCUACAAGAAACUGGUUCAAACGAAGGCUCCACUACGACCAAUCCUACAAGUGAAACUACGUCUAAAUUGAACAUAAGUGAAACAUCAUCAGCAGGGUUUGCUUCCACUGAUAUAAAUCAGACAGGAUCUACCCUACUCUCACAAAAAAGUGGUACAAAUGUAGGCUCAACUUGGAUGAAGCCAACAAGUGAUACUACAUCUGAUAUUGAGAGGCGUGCAACAUCACCAGCGGAGUCUGCUUCCACUGAUAUACAUCAGACAGAAUCAACCCUACUCUCACCAGAAACUGGUUCAAACGAAGGCUCCACUACGACCAAUCCCACAAGUGAAACUAAAUCUGAAUUGAACAUAAGUGAAACAUCACCAGCAGGAUUUGCUUCCACUGAUAUAAAUCUAACAGGAUCUACCCUACUCUCACAAACAAGUGGUACAAAUGUAGGCUCAACUUGGAUGAAGCCAACAAGUGAUACUAUAUCUGAUAUUGAGAGACGUGCAACAUCACCAGCAGAAUCUGCUUCCACUGAUAUAAAUUCGACAGAAUCAACCCUAGUCCUACAAGAAACAGGUACUAACGAAGGCUCAACUUGGAUGAAGCCAACAAGUGAUACUACAUCUGAUAUUGAGAGACGUGCAACAUCACCAGCAGGGUCUGCUUUCACUGAUAUAAAUAUGACAGAAUCAACUCUAGUCCUACAAGAAACUGGUUCAAACGAAGGCUCCACUACGACCAAUCCUACAAGUGAAACUACGUCUAAAUUGAACAUAAGUGAAACAUCACCAGCAGGAUUUGCUUCCACUGAUAUAAAUCUGACAGGAUCUACCCUACUCUCACAAAAAAGUGGUACAAAUGUAGGCUCAACUUUGAUGAAGCCAACAAGUGAUACUAUAUCUGAUAUUGAGAGACGUGCAACAUCACCAGCAGAAUCUGCUUCCACUGAUAUAAAUUCGACAGAAUCAACCCUAGUCCUACAAGAAACUGGUACUAACGAAGGCUCAACUUGGAUUAAGCCAACAAGUGAUACUACAUCUGAUAUUGAGAGACGUGCAACAUCACCAGCAGGGUCUGCUUCCACUGAUAUAAAUAUGACAGAAUCAACUCUAGUCCUACAAGAAACUGGUUCAAACGAAGGCUCCACUACGACCAAUCCUACAAGUGAAACUACGUCUAAAUUGAACAUAAGUGAAACAUCAUCAGCAGGGUCUGCUUCCACUGAUAUAAAUCAGACAGAAUCAACCCUAGUCCUACAAGAAACUGGUACUAACGAAGGCACAACUAGGACCAAGCCAAAAAUGUAUUGGUUAUAUUAUUACUAUUAUUUGAUUAUUUUAUAAUGAAUAAUAAAACGGAGGAAUAAAAUAAAAUUAUUGAUUUAAAAUAA